AUGUCAAAAUGGGGUUAUUGUGGAACAGGAGCUGAAUAUUGCGGUGAUGGUUGUACAGGUGGACCCUGUUGGAGUAGUACUACUACUCAAAGUGGAUGUCCUGAAACGUAUAUGUGUAAAUCUCAGUGGGGUUAUUGUGGAACGGGAGGAGAAUUUUGCGGUAGUGGCUGUACAGCGGGUCCUUGUUGGGGUAGUACUGGCGGUGGAAAUGAAAACAGUGGCAGCAGUGGUGGUGAUGGUUCCAUCAUUACAGAACAAAAUUUUGCCUGUGCAUUCAACACAAUAGACGCUGGAACGAGACUCAGUCGACUCAAUGGUCUUAGAAAUUCAGGUUGGAAACCAGCGAACAAGGAAGAAGCGGCUGUUUUUCUUGCUCAUGUUUUUCACGAAACUGAUGGUCUCAAAACAAUCAGAGAAUAUUGUGCUCCAGGUUGUGGUUCUCAUUAUGCUGGAUCAUGGUGUAGUAUUCAAGGUGUGCCGGGCAAAUUGUACUAUGGUCGAGGUUGGUUUCAACUAUCUUGGCCAUGCAACUACCAUGCAGCUGGACGGGCUUUAGGUAUAGAUCUGCUGAAUAAUCCAGAUUUGGUUGAACAACAACAAGAUUUAGCUGUAAAAACUGCUGUUUGGUUCUAUAAUUCAAAUAAUAUGGCUGGACCAGCUAAGCAAGGUGACUUUGCAGCCACCACUCGAAUCAUUAACGGACAAUUGGAAUGCAAUGGAGGACCAGGGGCUGGUAAUCAGAUGACUCGAGUAGCCACAUACCGACGAAUUCGGCAAUGCUUUGGCCUUGGAGAGCCGCCUAAGAAUCCGGUGUGUUAA